UUCUGAAACUCGUACAGAGAAGAGGAGCCAGAGCCGCUGUGCGAAUGGGUGGCGCGGCGACAACUUCGCCGACGGCGGUGGCAGGAGUGGAUUUUGCCAGAAGCUCUGUGCAGAAGCACACAAUCUCAAACUCGUUUCGCAUCUGUGUCGCCAUUGAUCGGCUAGCUAUGCACUUCUGCUCUUCACCAAAGAAUGACGCCGUUGAGUUCUCCAACCUCUGCCUUGCCCUUGCCAGAGGUAUUGACUAUGCCAUUGCAAAUGGUGAGGUUCCACCCAGACUUCAUGAUUUACACCGACUGUUUAAGCAGGUAUGUCAACGCAAAAAUGAUUCCUUUCUACAAGCUGCUGUUAUGGUGUUGAUGAUAUCUGUCAAGAGUGCUUGUAAGAAUGGAUGGUUUACAGUUAAGGAUGCUGAAGAACUUCUUAUUCUUGUAGACGAGGUGUCAAGCUGUUUCUGCGAUGUCAGAGACAUUAACACUGAAGCAAGCAAUUCUCUUCAAUUUAUGUCAACAAUUAUGUCAAGAUUCUAUCCACAAAUUAAAAUGGGCCAGAUACUUGCGUCCCUUGAAGUCAAGCCUGGCUAUGGGACAUUUCUUACUGAUUUCCAUAUUUCGAAAAAAUCAAAAAUUCCUGGGGAAGAGAAAAUUCGGUUAUUUGUGGUUCAAAAAGAUAAUGUAGAGACAUCUUCAUGUAUUAUAACUCCUCCAAAAGUGAACUUUCUAUUAAAUGGGAAUGGAGUGGACAAGAGGAUUGCUGUGUUUCCGGACCCUGGACCGCAGCUUCCUACACCAGUGACACACAUGCUUAAAUAUGGAACAAAUCUUCUUCAAGCAGUUGGUCUUUCCAAUGGAAAUUACAUUAUAGUAGUUGCAUUUACAAGUGAGAUAUCAAGACCUGAUCAUCAUGUCCUGCCAGAUUAUGUUCAACCUGCUGUUGCUCCUCUUGAUUCAGAUGAUGAUAUAAUUGAAGGGCCAUCACGAAUUUCAUUAAACUGUCCAAUAAGUUUCAGGCGUAUUAAGACUCCUGUCAAGGGGCACUCAUGCAAACAUCCUCAGUGUUUUGAUUUUGACAACUUUUUGGACAUAAAUUCAAGAAGGCCAUCAUGGCGCUGCCCACAUUGUAACCAGAGUGUCAGCUAUGUUGACAUUCGCAUUGAUCAAAAUAUGGUUAAGGUCUUGAAAGAGGUUGGAGAGAAUGUUGUGGAUAUAAUUAUCUCUGCAGAUGGAUCAUGGGAGGCCGUUGCGGAAAACACUGACAAUGACCAGCCAUAUGAUAAGAUGCUCAAUGGCCAGCAAGACAGGCCAGUUAAGCAAAGUGAUACUGACAUGUCAGAUGCACGUCCAGAUAUCUUGGACCUCACAGAAGGGAAUGAUGAGAUGGAUGUUCUUGCAACUGAAAUGCAGGACCAGAAACCUGUCCUUUCUAAUGUCCAACUAUCUAGUGUUGGAAAUGUAACAGCGCCUCCUGGCAUGAAUAAUGCAACUGAGAUCAACCAAAAUGCUGCUCCUAUACCGGAUGAAUUUUGGUCAGGACUCUACUUGUCCACAUAUGGAUCAGGGGCCCCCGGUGCUAGAUUCGAUGCCCAAAUUGCAGGUGCAGUUCCUGGAUCUUUCUCUACCAAUUUUAUGAUGUCUCCUGUGUUGACUGAUGCUGUCUCUCCUACUUUUAAUCGAGAAUCUGAAGUUAUGCAUGGGUCUGCUCUUCUCCCUAAUUCUAUGCCACAAAGUCAACUUUCUGCUCCUAGUAAUUUGCAGUUACAGCAAUCACAAUUUGGGAACUCUGUUGCUGGCAAUGAAUAUGGGAGAGGUCCAUCCAUGCCCAGACAUGUUAGCAGAACAUCGGUUGCAGUCCAGGCCCUUCCGGCUCAGUCUUUAACAUCAGUUUCGCAACAAAGAUCAAACAACAGUUUCAAUAAUUUGACUCCCCAAGGGCCUUCUCUUGCUUCUCAGACUUCUUCAGUUUCCCCUAUUGCGGAUGGUUUCAAUACAAUCUCAAGUACCAUGGAAAGGCAGCAGCAAUUUCCUAUAUCACAUUUCAUUCCACGUCAAGCAUCACAACUGACCUCAUCUUCAUUGCAGCAGCACUCUGCAACACAGCCGAACUGGGUUUCAAGUCAAGCAGCUCAACGGGUUGCUGGCCUUCAAGCUCCAAGUCUCCCUAGUGCCUACAGGGUUUCAUCGGCGUCAACUGAGCAGCAAAACUCUCGCCAUCUUCAGCCCGUUAGUCUUAGGGUUCCCCACUGUAUGAAUCAGUCUUCAGGCCUGGUUCACUCAUCUGUUCAGUUACCUACUCCUUUUAUGCGUAAUCAAAUUCCACAAGUUGGUACACAAAGUGGAGUUGGUCAGACUGCAGUAUCUGCAAAUAGCCCGCAGCUAGUGGUUUCAUCUCAACGAGUUACCCUGCGAGCUGCCCAGAUGGCAAGACAGUCAUCACCUUCAGUACCCGUUCCCCUUCAAACAACAAGAGCAUCAUCAUCAUUUCCAGUAAAUGCUGAUAGGUUUAGGCCAUCUCCCGGAGAUCUGAGAGGGAACAUUGCAGGAUCAUUGCAACAAACCGCAGGGAUUGAUGGUUCGCCUGAUUUGCCAUCUGAACAGAAUUGGCGGCCCACUGGCCGCAUGCGUGGAAGUCUGUCAGGGCGGGCCUAUUCUGCUGCUCUCAGCCAGUUCAUUAUUCAGCCAACUCAGACAGUUCAAACAGCUAGACCACCUAUAAACAUGGCAUCGACUACAGCAAUGGAGGUGCUGUUGGCAAAUAACAGGAAUGCGCAUGCUCCUGAUACGACCAAUCUGGCUGGCAGCUUGGGUGGCCUACCGACGAAUAUGGCUGGCAGCUCGGGUGGCCUGCCAUCCAAUCUGGCUGGCAACUCUGGUGUUCAUCGCAGUGGCCAUGAGAUGCAGUGAGUGAUCUUGACAAGGAAACUGGCCCUGGCUUGUACAUAGGGUGACCAAUUUUGUGCUCCUUGGUCACCUGUAAAGUUACCAUAUAGGUUCCUAGAUGUGAAUGCGUUCUCAUAGUUAAACAGUGGUGAGUAUAGCUUGGUCCCUAAUUAACAUCUUUUGUCUCAUAGAGAAGAGUUUUGCAGCUUGGAGGUGCUACCUAUGUGCCUAGGUACCUCCAAGUUUUGUGCUUAAUGCUUGUGACUUUUAGUUGUUUUGUUUUACCGUAUGUAACUUGGUUGGUCUCAUUGGUUAUGGUUUUUAAGAAAUUAAGGGCUUUUUGGUAGCGUUUUUAUUUUA